AUGAUAGUUUCCAUCCACCCAUGUUCACACUUGAUUCUUAAGACCACUUUCUUAUUGCUUCUGAGCCUGACAAACAAUACAGAGUCACUUAAGUUCAACUUCCCUAAGUUUCAAACGAAGGAACUGAAAGAUAUUACCUUCCAAGGUGAUGCUUCUGCUUUUAAUGAAUCUCUCAGACUCACUAAAGUUGAUGGUCAAGGCUUUUCCCUCCCUAAUAGUGUUGGCCGGGCCUCGUAUUCAAAACCAGUGCAGCUUUGGGAUAAAGACACAGGCGAAGUCACAGAUUUCACUGCUGGCUUCUCUUUUGUGAUCAAAGCAAAUGACACUGAGAGCAGGUUUGGGGAUGGAAUCUCCUUCUUCAUUGCGCCUUUUGAGUCCGACAUCCCUGCUAAUUCAGGAGGUGGAUAUCUUGCUCUUUUCAGUGCUGAAAAUGCAAAUGACUCCAGCCAAAACAAUCCUAUUGUUGCAGUUGAGUUUGAUAGUUAUGAAAAUCCAUGGGAUCCAAGCUCUAAUCACAUAGGGAUCAAUGUAAACUCCAUUAUAUAA